GUCAACGAUGUCUUCCCGGUUACCGCGUCUUCGCCUUCUUCUAGCGGUUCUACCCCAGCUCCUACAGUUAACACCUCGGCUUCUCCACCAAGUCAACCUGUUUCCCUGCCGGACACCAACGCGCUAGCCCAGGCAAUUUCAAGAGCUCUCGCGGAAUCGCUCCCUCCGCUGCUAUCUUCCCUUCGAGAUUCCAGUGGCGGGAACUCGAACACGGCCGCGGCGUCUGUUCCUCUCUCCUCGACUUCGACUUCUACGCAGUCUCCGGCAUCCUCUAGCUCCAGUACCCCUGGCUCUACCUCCCAGUCUUCAGGUACGCUUGUUGUGCCCUCAUUUAUUUCAACGUACAGCUCAUCUGGCGGUCCUUCGGUAGUCUCCUCUCUUCCCGCCACGUCCUCCGCCAACUUGCCUGUAGUGGUUGGGGGCUCUUGUGGUGGCGCGACCGGAACCGAGUCCUCUACGCUUCCAAACCUCAAUAAAGCAUUUGUGGUGGGCCCUGGCUAUGCUCCAGUCCCCUUUAAGCUUGUUUCUAAAAUUACCGCAGGGCUUUUUGUAGACUUGGCUGACCUCCUUCCGGACAACAUCAGAGCUCAAGAAAUCGAACCCCAAGCGUUUUUGGAGGGAAAACUGGUGGUAUCAGGGUCGAAGAAACGGGUAAUUGAAAUAGCAGACAUCAUCACCUGGAUUGAAGCCUUCACAAUCUUUUCUAUGAUUCUUUGCCACACCUUCCCCUCUCGCUGGAAAGAUUUAAAUCAGUACAAGUUACUCAUCAUCCAGACAGCAAGGCGCUUUUCUGACAAAUCGUGGCUCCACUACGACAUCGCCUUCCGAAAAGAAGCCGCAGCCUCAGGUUCAACCGACUGGUCUCGCAUGCACCCAGACCUCUACAACUUUCACACCAGAUCUCCAGUGACCACCUCAACUGCUUCAGGCUCCUCAACUUCCUCUGCCUUGUCACUAUCAGAGCCUCUUGGGUCUUCAGGCAAUCCCCGGUCUAGCCAGUAUUGCCACUCCUGGAACGACGGGCGCUGUCGCUGGCCCUUUGGUCGCUGUCGGUUUCGUCACUCCUGUGAAUCGUGCCACGGGGACCACCCCCGCAUCCACUGCCCUCACCGGUCCGCGCGGAGAGAACGGUCCCGCCCCCUUCUCAGUCAAAGGGGGUCUCCGCCGUCGCUAGGCAACCUCUAGCCAAUUCAACUGUAAAUAGUUUUGUUCCUGUUCACGUUGGUUCUCAUGGUAAUUUUUCAGCGUUAGAGUUGCGUUCUCCUUUUGUGUUACCUUCUCAGCAGCAGGGUCUGCCAAGUUCCAGUUCUUCGUUGUGUUCUCCAGCUGUUUGUCCUUUAAGACCAGUUUCUCAGCUUACUCCCAUCAAUGUGGAUAGAUUCCAGCAUGAACUCUGUCAUCAUCCUAACCCAGACAAAGUUGCAUAUGUGGUCCAAGGCCUUCGCGAUGGUUUUCACCUAGGUUUCAAUUACAGUACUUCCCUGAAGUCGGCAACAGGGAAUAUGGCUUCAGCACUCCUGAACCCUCAGGUCAUUGACAAUUACUUGCAGUCGGAAGUUCAGUCAGGCAGGGUGGCGGGCCCCUUCUCCCAGCCUCCCCUCCCUGUCCUCCAC